CCACCGGUACCAACAAGAAUACCAUACGUGAUUUUGUGGGAGGUUCACCAACUUUAUCAAAAAUUGUUAUAGGACCACUGGACUCAUUCUGUACUUGAUCAUCAUAAUUAUAUCAACAGCCUGAUUUCUGGACCAACCCACCACAAAACCAUCGUCAGCCCCACAGGAUUCAUUGUCGCCAAGAGUCCAUUUGCUGCAGCUUUUACGAUUAUUUUAUCUUCUGAGAAGAACAGCAUGGAGUCUCUGUCAAUCCCUGAACUAAUUAGUGGACUUAUUGAUUGUGUUGCUCAGUUAAUAAGAAUAGCUGAAGAGAUUUUGCAAUUAUUUUCACAGGAACAAGUUCCUUGUGUAGAGCAAAAUGAGGUAGCAGAACAGAUAGAAGUAGAUUCAUCUCCUUCUGAGGAAGGUUCACUACCAGACCUCGCUGACUUCUCAGACUUGGAGUCAAUACUUACAGUAAGAGAAGAAGAAGACCUAAUGUUUGAUGUAGAUCAAGCUAUGUUUGACAUGGAAAACGUAUAUGAUGAUGUCCUCGCUGGUAUAAAUGAUGAUUUAAGAAGUGGAUGA